AUUUCUUAUUUGUUCCUGUUCGGAAAAAUCGCCUGUCAAGCCUGAUUAAGUGUUUAGAUCAGCACCGCCAUAUUUAGCAUUGGCUUUUUAGUGUAAAACAACAACAACAAAACACUUGUAGGAAAAUGCAUAUUGCACUCUCCACCUCCCUUUUUUUAGUUUUCUUUUCGAAAUAUUGCUAUGCUCAAUACCAAGUUCAAACGGACGAGGUAUUUGUGAUUCAGUUGUCACCUUCGUUAUUCAAUUUAUCAGACGUGGAGUCUUCAGAUGAAUACUUCUCCUAUUCAGCUUCUCUGCACGGUUUGCCUGACCUACCAAAAUGGAUAAACCUUGUAUUUAAUCAAAAUUUAAAACUUGGUUUUCUAUAUGGGACACCACCAAAUAAUUUAGCAUCUCUAAAGUUAGAUGUUGUUGCAUUCAAUCUGUUAACUUUUGAAACAUCGGCAAAAGAAAUUGUUAUUGAAAUAUUUCCUAAAGAAGAACCUGCCACUUGUCAGAUAAAACUAAAAAUUCACAAUCUAAACCUUGAUGAUCUGAUGGAUGAGCAAAAGCAAAUGAAACUAUUGGAUAUUUUUCGGAAAAUACUAUGGCCAGCAAGUUCGUUAGAUCUUCAUUUUGUGGAACUUUACUCAGCUUUAGCUGUUGGCGGGAGACGACCUGCGCGCCAGCAAGAUGGAGAAGGAGUGUUUUUGACCUUGGGAAGUAACGCCGAAUUUUCCGAAGUACUCCGUGAAUUAGAACGUGAAGUCAGUCCUUUAUGGCCACUUCGCCAAUGUCCUCGUGACUUUAAAAAGACUUCAUCAGAACGUUACUUUCGAUCCAAAGGAUUCUUGGUGGAUUGGUGCUCUUUUAAAUUGGUUCCCCAAAAUAAUUCGCUACUGAUGCUCAGUUCCGUUGCUCCACCCACCGUCGAUACCAAAACUGAACGUAUCAUCCAUAAGUCAAGUCAAAUACUCUAUGAAGAAAUACCUCCAUCUGACAUCUGGAGCGCACCUGCCAAAUGGGAGAUUCCCGUACGUAGCUACACCGAGGAAGGUGUUGUUGCUGUGUUCAUUCCGCUGGUGUUACUACUAAUAUUGGCUGCCCUCCUGACUGCCAUUCUAGGCGUUCACCCAGAAGGAGCAGAGACUGAAGAAGGCCAGCUCUACGAAGCCGCGUUUGAGGAGUUACCAUUUCUUAAAUCUAAACAAGAAACCGGGACGCUAAAACCUACGGGACAAAUCAGCAACGAAAUUUCUACGAAACUAAUACGCGAUUCAAGAACCCCUUCGCUGGGCCGAGUAAAACGAAACCCACUCUAUGAUUCUGUAAUAGGCGAAUCAGCUACCCGUGGCUCUAGUCCUUUUCUGAUGUCUUCGAAUUCAUCGGCUAUGCCAACUCCCGUUUCAACGCUCUCACGCCCCACCUUCCCAACACCACGUUCAACAACUCUACUCUCCGAUAGGUCUUCUACUUUAGGUCGGCGUGAGCCUCCCCCAUACAACUGUGGGACAAUUAACAAAUAGUUUAACUUUUUACCUUAAAAUUUUUUCUGUGUGGUACAACAGUUAAUCUAGUCAAAAUAGCUUAUGUUAAUCACUGGAUAAUGUGGAAUCUCUGAGGAAUUAUCAAAUUUAUUUAUUACUUAAAUUAUCAACUUAGCUUGUUUCGUCUGCUACACAGUAUGGAACCAAAUUUUAUCUAGUCCCAUCUUGACUUUUUUGUAUGCAGCUGUUUGGAUCCAUCUUCUCGGACAGCAACAUAGUAACCCAUGUUUUCAUAUUUUGUCUUCAUAUAUGUCAAAUAUCCAGUGCAACCAGCUAUAGCUAAUAGACCUAGCACCAUGA